CUGAUAUUUCCUGUAAUCACCUUCUAUGAUACCCAUGAGUCGAAAUGCGGCAUCGGUUUCUGCUACGAUAUAUCGGGUAUAUUUUUGAUGGAUUCUGUCACAUUUACCGUAUUAUCAUUUUUAUUACAAUACGAUUUAGUAGAUUUACUUCUUAUACUAUAUUUGAUUUUAUUUCCCAUGUCUGAUAUAAUGCUUGGAAACCACAACUUACGACAUUUGCACAAAUGUUGGAUCCAUUUGUAA